AUGGCAUAUCCAUCCCAAUUAGGUUUCCAAGAUGCCUCCUCUCCAAUCAUAGAAGAACUGCUAUACUUUCAUGACCAUGCCCUUAUAAUUGUUUUCCUAAUUAGCUCCCUGGUUCUAUACGUCAUCCUAGCUAUACUUAGUACUAAACUAAUACAUACUAACACUAUAGACGCCCAAGUAAUCGAAACUAUCUGAACUAUCUUACCAGCAGUAAUUCUUGUAUUAAUCGCUCUACCCUCCUUACGAAUUUUAUAUAUAAUAGAUGAAAUUAAUAACCCUACUAUUACAGUUAAAACUUUAGGUCACCAAUGGUAUUGAAGUUAUGAGUAUACAGAUUAUGAAGACCUAAUAUUUGACUCAUACAUAAUCCCCUCUGAAGAAUUAAAGCCUGGCGACCUACGACUUCUUGAAGUAGACAACCGAGUUGUUCUACCCAUAGAAUUAACUAUCCGCAUACUAAUCUCUUCUGAAGAUGUAUUGCAUUCAUGAGCAAUACCAUCACUGGGUCUAAAAACUGACGCAAUCCCAGGCCGACUUAAUCAAGCUACCUUAUCAUCAACCCGCCCAGGAUUAUUUUAUGGGCAAUGCUCAGAAAUCUGUGGUUCAAAUCAUAGUUUUAUACCUAUCAUUUUAGAAAUAGUUCCUUUAAAAAUUUUCGAAAGUUGAUCAAGCUCAAUAGUCUAA